AUGAGUCGAUCAAGCAAGCAAGUUCGUCUGAUGCACGUUCUGAAUAAUGCCACCGUACAGGUCGGUGAUCAAGUUCACCAGGAUUUGACCAAGAUGAGAGCCGAGUCGACAGAUACAGAUGAGUAUGUCUCCAAGUACAACGAGUACACUGACAAGUAUCAUGAGGUCUUCAAGCUUGAACUUGCACGUCUAAUCGACCAGCACAAACAGCUUAAGAAUAAAUACAAGGAAGACGGAGACGACGAGUCUUAUCUCAACAGCUGCAAAAAGAUUGACCGGCAAGUAUCCUUGUACUACGCAAUCGAUAACAAUUAUGUCGAUGCCGUUCAGAUUAUUCUUGAGGGCUGGCGAGCACAUGACCGUAACAUCAUUAACGGCAAUGGGCAGUGGGGAAAUGCGGACAAUAUGGCAUGGUUGAUCUUACCGGUGCAGUAUGCCACUGAAAAGCGGCGCCCUGAAAUCGUAAAGGUCUUUUCAAGAAAUACGCAGAUGUGA